CAGAAAUGGCGGCGACCAUGCUAACCAUGCAGCAAGCGGCGUGCAUACAUCACGCGAAUGAUGUGUUUUAAUUUAUACUAAAGUUAUCGCUGAUACGGUGUUCCUUGGCAUCGAAAAUGACGGGGAAAACACUGAAGUUGUGUGGAAGACACCUUACGUGGCUGAGACUUAAACAUCUGCGUGGUCUCUGUACCCGUCCAACUAGAAAAUUCAGCGCCCGUGAAGCUCGCCAGACCUUUGUCGAAUAUUUCGUCGAAGGCCACACGCACCAGUUCGUCCCAUCCAGCUCCGUUGUGCCCGCAACCGCGGACAAAUCUGUUCUUUUUACAAAUGCGGGCAUGAACCAGUUUAAGGGAGUCUUCCUUGGAAUGGUGGAACCAUCCAGCCCGUUGUAUGACUUGCAACGAGCAGCAAACUAUCAGAAGUGUAUCAGGGUUGGUGGCAAACACAACGACUUAGACGAUGUUGGAAAGGACUUGUCACACCACACCUUUUUUGAAAUGCUCGGAAACUGGUCGUUCGGAGACUAUUUCAAGAAGGAAGCAUGUGCAAUGGCCUGGGAACUGCUCACAAAAGUUUAUCAGCUGCCGAAGGAAAGGCUUUAUGUAACUUACUUUGCUGGAGAUCAUACCUUAGGUUUGCAGCCAGAUGAAGAGUGCCGACAUGUGUGGCUGGACCUUGGUGUGCCGCAGGCACAUAUCCUUCCCUUUGGAAUGAAAGAAAACUUUUGGGAAAUGGGCAAUGUCGGACCAUGUGGCCCCUGUACCGAAAUUCACAUUGACCUUGCUGAGCACAGCUUUGCUUCAUCACCUCCUGUGCAUCGAGUCAAUGCUGGACACAGUGACAUGGUGGAACUCUGGAACCUUGUGUUUAUGGAAUUCAACAGGGACACUGAUGGUCAGUUGCACUCACUACCAAAGAAACAUGUGGACACAGGAAUGGGACUUGAACGCCUUACUGCAGUUCUUCAGAAUGUGAAAUCAAACUAUGACACGGACUUGUUUUCACCUCUCAUUACGGCACUGCAAAAGAAAGCUAGAGUGAAUCCUUACAGUGGCCUGGUAGGCAGCGACUGUUUCGUGGACAUUGCCUAUCGCACUGCUGUGGACCAUGCCCGUAUGUUCACAAUGGCUAUUUCAGAUGGUGUACUUCCAGAACAUGCAGAUGCUGGGAACAAGUUACGGAGAAUUAUACGCAAGGCUUCUCAUGCAGUAAUCUGGCAUUUGAAAUGUGACCGGGGAACUCUAGCCCUGUUGGCAGAAGAUGUUCAGCGUCUUCUGGGUGAUGUUUACCCUGGAAUUAAUAUAGAGCUGGUUAAAGAUAUUGUGAAUGCAGAAGAAGACAGAUACCUUCAUCAUAUGAGCAAGGCGGAGGCUGCACUGAAUGAUGUGAAGUCAGCUAAUGUUAUGCCAGGACAUAUUGCUUGGGAACUCUAUGUUCAGCAUGGCCUCCAGAAGGACCUGAUUACUGAUCUGGCGGCAGAAAGAGGCCUGUCUGUUGACUGGGAACAGUUUGCACGGCUAUUCAAGCAAUUUCAGGAAAAGUCUGCAUCAGGUCAUACAAGGGAAGAAUUCAGUCCGUUCCAUUAUCUCCCUGAUCAUGCUGAGCACCUUCGGAAAUUGGGUGUUGUGCCUACCGACACUGAGAGAAUUUACUACUACACUUCUACUAACGGCAUCUAUGAGUUCCCAUCAUUGAAGACAACUGUCGAAGCUAUCUUUUGCAAUGGCCAGGGAGUUACGAGUGCCAGAGAAGGAGAGGACUGUCUUGUUGUAACCAAUGCCACAAACUUCUACUUUGAAAGUGGGGGCCAAGUCUCUGACACUGGAUGCAUCAAAACCAAGAGUGGUGAAGUCGCUGUUCAUGAUGUGAAAAACUGCAGUGGCUUUGUUUUUCACAAAGGUGUGGUCACAGCUGGAUUAAUCCACCAGGAUGAUGAUGCAGAAAUGUGGAUUAAUAAGCAACAUCGGUUGCAGUGCAUGAUACACCACACUGCUGCGCAUUGCCUGAAUGCCGCACUGAGAACAGUAAUUGAUUAUACUGAGCAGAGAUCAUCAUUGGUAGACAGUGAGCACUUGCGUUUUGAUUUCAUCUGUAAGAAAAAGUUGACCAAUGAGCAGGUUGCAAAAAUUCAAGAGAUCUGUCGUGAUGCAAUCCAGGCUGAUUGCAUUGUUGCAAGAAGGACUAUGCCUCUGGAAAAUGCUUUGGCCCUACCAGAGCUAGUUAAAGUUACAAAUGAGACUUAUCCCAAAACUGUCUCUGUGAUAAGGAUUGGAAAUGAAGAUGACAUCUUUUCUCAAGAGCUUUGCUGCGGAACGCACGUCUCAUCCUUGUCGGACCUGGGAGAAAUUGUGGUGACAUCACACCGUUCUGUGGGCACCAUGGUAAGGUCCAUCUGUGCUGUAGCUGGGCCAUUGGCUGCUGCUUUGCGUUUUCAAGAUGAGCACAUCCAGAAGCAAAUGCGUGAGCUGGCAGAAGAAGUUGAAGCUUUGAACCGUAUAUCAUUGGAUGACUAUGUGACUAUGGCAGCUUGCAAGAGAAAACUUACUGAAGUGCGAAAGCUUGUAGCUGCACGUGGAAUUUCCCUGCUGCUUCAGAGGCAAGCAGAGACAGAACUUCUGAAGCUGGAGCGUCAUGUAGACAGUAUCAUCCGAAAGUACAACCGGAAUUUUGGAGAGCCAAAGGUGAUGGAUCUGUUGAACAGGGCCUUGGAGAAUUGGAAGCACACAAACUUUGUUGUGGCUUGCUUCGACUUUUGCAUCGAUGGAAACCUUGUGUCGAAGCUGGCAUACAAGAACUGCAGUUCUAAGCCAUACUUCAUUGCAGUAUUCAUAAAUGCUGACCAACUUCGCAUAGACUGUGCUGUCCCCAAGGAGUUCUUGACCAGUGAAUUUCAAGCGGAGGCUUGGGUGAAAGCUGUUGGACCUUACAUCACCUUGCCUAAUUUUGUGUCAUCCAAAGCCCAAACCGCUAAGACUUACUGUCAUGUGAGAGCAUCAUUUCAGCCAGAUCUAGAUCUCAAGUCUGUGGAACAAGCUGCUGUCAAUUUUGCCAAAAGUCAUUGUGCUGGCAAACUGAGCAAGAAAACAGAUGUCCAGUUAUGAUAAGAUAUACAGUUUGUAGCACAGGUAUUUACCGUAUGUGUACAUAGUCAAAUUGUUUAUUCUCUUUAUUUUGUAAAUAUAUACUCUCUCUAGUAAGCUAUGGUUCACUCUGACAAAAUAAAAAUUGUUGUCAAUUACUA